CUUGAAGUUCUCCAAACCGUAAUGUCUGGACCGAGCCAAUGCUGCGUUCAAGGUGUGCACCACGAAGGUACACCUACAGGCAAAAUCGAAAAGAUCAACGAUGUUGAAUGCUACAUUGCUACACCCUCCGCUACCUACCCAAAAGAAAAGGUCCUGCUCUUCCUGCCUGACUUCUUCGGAAUCACAUUCAAGAACGCUCAGCUCAUCGCGGACGACUUUGCCCGGAACGGGUAUAGAACUGUGAUGCCGGACUACCUCAACGGCGACGGUGUCCCGCCCGCAGAGCUCGAGAAAGGAACAUUUCCUGUUCAAGACUGGUUCCAGCGUCACGGGCCCGAGACGUCCCGUCCUCCGCUAGACAAGGUCAUCGCCGGGCUCAGGGAGGAGGGUGUGACGGCCUUUGCUGCGAUUGGAUACUGCUACGGAGCUCGCCACGCCUGGGACCUCGCCAUCGAGCACGUCACCAAGGUCACGAUAUGCAAUCACCCGUCGCUGCUCAAGAACCCAGAGGACUUCGAGACCUACCUCGCAAAAGCAACCGCACCCCUGCUCAUUAACUCCUGCGAGAUCGACCCGCCGUUCCCGCCCGACUUCCAAGCAAGCGCAGACGAAAUUUUGAAGGAUAAGUUCGCGCCAGGGUAUCACCGCGAGCACUGGAUGGGCUGCAAGCACGGGUUCAGCGUGCGCGGGGACAUCCGGGAUCCGAUGGUCAAGGCUGCGAAGGAGGGGUCGUUCGUGAAUGCUGUCGAGUGGUUACAUAAGCACUUCUAGGGUGCUAGCGCAGUGCAUGUUGACUGUGUGUUCUGCUUUUGUCGGAAGUUGCAUUCCAUCGCUUAUUUAAGGGUAGCCCGUCGGAGAAAGACCCUCCGAGAUGACGAGCGUUUUC